AAUAUUUUUGUGGAAACCAGCAGUAAAAAAAGGUAAAUGUCUUUACUGCUUUUAUCAAUUUAAAGUCCCUGCUGAAUAAAAUAAUUACUUUCUUUAAAAAUAAAUAAAUAAAUAAAUCACUCACCCAAAACUUGAAUGGUUUUGUUUAUUACUGGGCUUGGUGGAAACCCAAACAUGAAGUCAAACUGAACAGAACAUGAAGGUUAAGAUGCUAGGUUAUGAUUGUAAUGCCACUGAGUACCUCUUUAUUAUCAAGCUGAACCAAAUAUUGAAUUGUGCCUUGAUUUUUACUAAUUUUUCCUAAUGACCAGAACAUGUUUUUGAGAAUAAUUUAGACAUUUCUUAAUGCAUAUUAUCUUAUUUUUCUAUAUUAAUGUUUGACCUACUGUACAUUGUUAUAAGAUAUGAUAUUGAGAUUUUUUUUACCUCUCUCUUGAAUGUCACUUCCACUGUCACUUUAACAAUUCUGUCUUUUUUUCCUUGUGUGUCUUUUUAAUAAUAUAUCACAUAAUGCUGCAUAAGUGUGUUUUCAGUUAUGUUUUGUCAGUUACACAUUGUUAGUAUAUUACUAUAACAUGCAUAAAAAUACAAAUACAAAUACACCAUAUAAUACAAAAACUGUAUUGUUAAUUUGUAUUUGUUAACCAAAAAUAUUAUCAAUCCAAAAGUUUUUGUGUGUUCUUGUUCUGUAUUUCUCUUCUACUAUAUCAUUAAGAUGCCAGCAUUCCUGGAAAUGAAAAUAGUAAGAUUGCUCAAGCCAAUGCAACCUUUACCUGGGGGAAGGUCACCUUACUAAGGCCCAUUACAGGUUCAAUGGUCCAAAUCUCGGUUCUCCACUGACCCUGCGUCCUGUCACUCACUCCAGCCUCCACCUCUAUGGGGACACAUUCAUAAAGCUCCACCCUCUCACCGGUACUUUCCUCUGUUAACUAAACAUACCACCACUGGACUUCUAAGUUUCCUCCAUGGCAGAGAACAAGCCAUACCGUUAUGGGCUCAUCAUUCUGGGGAUGGCGUUUGUGGCGUUGGGUCUGUUCAUGAUUUCUGUAGAGAAGCCACAGGUGUUCGCCACGUUCUGCACUGCGGGAGUGAUAAUGGUGGUUAUGGGGACCGUCUGGUCGGUGUGUCAGUGUUACCCCAGGGUGACUGUCAUACUGCCAGAUAAAGAAAAGCUCUAUGGGGCUGGGAAACAGGACUUGAGUGCUGGAAGCUCAGAUGAAAAAAGUCCAACGAAACCAAUAGCAGCUCCUUUGGCUGGCUUCUGUGAUGAUGAAGUAGAAGAAACAUCGACAGAUCCAAAACUCCACACAGAGAACAAACACAGGGAGCGUGUCAUAGUACUCCAGACAUGUCGAAGUUCUCCCAGUGUUCUGGCCUGCUCCAGCACUCCUCUGACAGACAGAAGAACUCCACGAACAGACCCCAACAGAGAGAUGUACUAUGGGAAAGUGGAAGACUCAUGUUACUACACAUCUGAGUUGGAGAGUGAAUAGUUCCUGUUGAUCCUAAUGUCCAAAUCAUCAUCUACAUAUGACUUAAAACAAGAUUUGCCAGACACCUAUGUAGUAAUACUGUUUUUUUUAAUAACUUGUACAAUAACAAAACAUUUAUGCAUGUAAUUUGUCAUCACAUUUUACAUUAGGCUGUUAAUUAUGUUGAUGUCACAAGGUCUGGCCAUGAUUGUAUCAAAAGCAUAUGAUAAUAGAAUCUCUCUCAGGGAAAUAAGGCUGGAAAAAGUUUAGGUGAAGAAAUACUCGUGACCAUGACUCAUGUCACCACGAAGACCAAAGGACACUGAAAGAGGAACUGCCUGGUGUGAAGUUUUUAUUUUUUAUCUAUGAUGCUCCUUCAAAAGAGAUCCUUUACAUUUGAGACAGCACAAUAAUUAUAAUUCAUUUAUGUUUUAGAUUAUUUAAAUGUAGUGCAAUGUGUAAAACUGAUAAUUGUUGAGACAGUUCUAAAUAUUUUUAGUCAUGUAAAAAAUGGAUUUUGCAAUACUGAACAGGGAAUCAUCUCGGCCACAAAAUAUAAGUACUCACACACGAUAGUUUUUU